UCUCCCGACGCUGAACUGAAUCUUCGUCGUCAACAGAUUCUCCGCCACUGGAAGAAAUGGAAACGUCGCCGCAGUUUAGGCUUAUCGUCGCCGUCGUCAUUUCUUCUCUCAUCGCUUUCCGAUCGUACAAGAGGAAGUCGCUCGAUCUUUCUGGUGGAAUUGCUGGAUUCCUUGUUAUGACCAUUCACUUCACCGCCGGCUUCAGGUACGGAGCUUUGCUGCUUGUAUUUUUUCUUACUUCCUCGAAGCUUACCAAAGUUGGCGAAGAUAAAAAACGACGCGUUGAUGUUGAGUUCAAAGAAGGUGGACAAAGGAACUGGGUACAAGUGCUUUGCAAUGGUGGAAUUGCUUCAGUUCUAGUUGUAAUUGCUUGUACUUUAACGGGUUGGCAGGACAAGUGUUUGGACUCGAAGCAGUCAGAAACUGUAACAGCUCUUAUUGGUGGAAUCAUCGGUCAUUACGCGUGCUGUAAUGGAGACACUUGGUCCUCGGAGCUUGGGGUUCUUAGUGAUGCCCAGCCUCGACUAAUCACAACGCUAAAGCCGGUGAAGAAGGGCACAAAUGGUGGGGUUACAAAUGCAGGACUCUUAGCUGCCUUGGCAGCCGGCACCACUGUUGGAGUAACGUUCCUUAUCUUUGGAUUCUUUACCGCGAGUUGUGCAAGUGAUGUGGCUCUCAAGCAACUCUUAGUCAUUCCAGUCUCUGCAUUAGCUGGAUUAUGUGGGAGUCUUAUUGAUUCUGUGCUAGGGGCAACCAUCCAAUUCAGUGGUUUCUGCUCUGUCCGGAACAAGGUUGUAGGGAAACCGGGGCCGACGGUAAAGAAGAUUUCAGGUGUAGACAUUCUUGACAACAAUGGUGUGAACUUUGUUUCCAUACUAUUGACAUCUUUUCUGACUUCCAUUGCUUCAGUGUACAUUUUCUGAAUACUAAAAGCUAGCAGUCUGCUUUCUUGACCAGACUUUCACCCUUUUCAAGCCAAAAUUUGGUAUACAAUUUGAUUCUAUUUCUCAAAUUGUUAAUUUGUUGUAAGCUAAGAUGAGUUUUUUGAGUUCAUAGAACACAGUCUCCUCUAUGUAUGUUUGUAUACAAUAAUCACAGCUACAAGCC